UUCGAGAGUGUUGGUUUUAUGUUUUAUCGUUUCUUGUGAAAAUAAUCUUUUUUACUGAAACGUAAGUAACGCAAGUGGCGUAUAUGUGCAACGUGACGUUACCAGAGAACUCGGUAAUAAGAGCAGGUCUCUGGGUAAUGGAUCUUUGAGCGGGGAACCCUUGACGAUUCGCUGGGGAGUAGGUCGAAGGUGACAGACAACCGGGUGUACGCAGUGGCUUCGCAAACCGCACAAUAUCCUCCGCCUCGCUCGCAGUAUCACGCUCCACUGGCCUUUUAAAUAGUACGAUCACCCUUAAAAACUGCAUAGAUCGCCGGCAAAGCAGUCUAUAGCGAUCCCCGAGGAUCCUGAUAUAUAACAAGUACCAAUCAUGGGGAAUAUGUUCGCAACGUUAUUCAAAGGCCUUUUUGGCAAAAAGGAAAUGAGGAUUUUGAUGGUGGGUCUUGAUGCAGCGGGUAAAACCACAAUUCUGUACAAAUUAAAAUUAGGGGAAAUUGUUACUACAAUUCCCACUAUAGGUUUCAAUGUAGAAACGGUUGAGUAUAAGAAUAUAAGUUUCACUGUAUGGGAUGUCGGUGGCCAAGACAAAAUUAGACCUCUAUGGCGGCAUUAUUUUCAGAAUACGCAAGGCUUGAUAUUCGUCGUUGAUAGUAAUGAUAGGGAACGUAUCGGUGAGGCGCGCGAAGAGUUGAUGAGAAUGCUUGCGGAAGAUGAGCUCAGAGAUGCGGUACUUCUCAUAUUUGCUAACAAACAAGAUCUGCCAAACGCAAUGAACGCAGCGGAGAUCACUGACAAGUUGGGAUUGCAUUCUCUACGUAAUCGCAAUUGGUACAUCCAGGCGACGUGUGCCACAAGCGGAGAUGGACUUUACGAGGGCCUUGAUUGGCUUUCCAAUCAGUUGAAAAAUGCCAACCGCUAAUCGAAAAAUUAUUCUGUCAACAUUCAGUUGCUAUAUUAACAUCAUACAAAAAACAGCUGCACACCUGUCUCCCCCCCUAAGAACGAGUAACAUUAUAAGAAACAAACGAUGCUACUACAAGGUCUCCAGACUGGAGGAUAUAGAAUCAUUAUUAAGAGUUGUUCGUGUCAGAAAGUUUUUCGGGGGGAGGGGAGUGGGGGAGCGGCCGAAGGCACACGAUCGAACGGCCACACCGGACUAUUGCCUUGCGCAACUUAUUAUUAAUUAUUAUUAUUAUAUUAGCAUUAUAGUUACACUUUUUACACAGAGAUGCCACAAGAAAACGUGGAAAACUUGGAAGUAAUUAUAUUAAAGUACCUAACUCUGAAACGUACGCUACACAUUGAUUAAUGAAAUAAUUUAAAUAUCUUCGAGAGAAAAAAAAUUCAAGAAUACAGAAACGGAAAAACAGAAAAAGAGUAAAAAUACCCACACAGUGUUGUCAGUUUUGAAUGCGUUGGACAUACCGAUUAUCAUAAUGUAGCUGCAUAUUGUACAUUACAUUAUAUAAAUACGAUAAAAUGUGAUCAAUAGACAAGAGAAUGUUGCUCUGUCCACUACAUUUACAAAACAAAAAUCGCUCCGACUUCGGCUCAGUGCGGUUGACACGAAAACGCAAACGAAAGUGAUUGCAACAGAUGGUGCAAUGACUUACUAUUUCCUAGUUAUGAAGGUUUUCUUUCUAUUUCUUUUUCAUUUUUCGGUGAUAGAAGAUUUUUCGAAAAUGCAGAAGCUAUAUGGAUGGUUAUCUCGCUACUUGAUAGCGGCUGGUGCGCAUUCUCCUCACCUGACCGCCUUCAAACUUAUAGUUAUCCAACUAUGUAUAUCUCAUUAUAAAGGAGGUAUAUCAUUUAUUUAUUGCACCUCGAUAAAGUAAAUUAGAAUAUAUCCUUGACAUUCCGAAAUUGUGCAGUGAUCGUGGCAGAAAAUCUAGAGACUCGAGAGAAAUUUCGAAAGGAACGAGCAUUCGUGUAUUAGCUAGCGAAAAAUGUCAGGCCUCGCAACUGUAUUAAAUUCGGUACUUUCGAUACAUCGUGACGUGGCGUGCUUUCACGCGAACGAUACACCGACGUUGAUUCGCGAUCGCUCUUCGAUGUCCUAACGUUUUUCCCGUCUUUGAGAUAUAUUGUUUUUACGAGAUACUCCUUCCUCUGAUUUCAUUGAAUCGCCUUUUCGUCAUAUGCGAAAAUUCAUAUAAUUAUGUAUGAAUGUUUAAACGAUUUGUGAAAUAUAUUGUAAUUGUGCUUUA